AUGGACCCAGCGGGUGUAGUUACGUCGCUGCUGGUUUUGCUGGCAGCAAACAACUCCUCGGUGCUCGACUGUGUCUGUAACCACGUCGCCAACGUCACCGACGAAAUGAGUUACGGCGAUGGACUGAUGUGGGAGACGUACUGCCAAGACCUCGGAAAUUAUUAUCUGUUCGAAACGUGCGAGAACCUGGAGGCGCCGUCCGUCGCGGUGCCGGCCGCCACACGGCUGGUGCCGCGCAGAGGCCACGAGGAGGACGAGGAGUGCGGCCGCGCCCUCGCGGAGGUCCGCCACCUCACGGAGGACAGCUCCAGGGAGCUCACCAGGGGCCUCAUCCGCGGCGUCGCUGCCGACUGCAUUCGCUCUUGCUCCGUACAAGGGUUGGAUAACAUGGAAUGGAACCUGGAGACACUGCAAACGGAUCGGCUGAGGGGUGCGACCCUCACCAAGUUACUGCACGCUGUACAGCAGAUCACAAGAGCCAUAAACCACAGGAAUCGCCUUGUCUUGGAUUAUAAUUGGGAAUUUCUUCAUAAUGACCACAACAUCAGCAAAACUGAAUUCCAGGCCGAGAUACCGGUCUUCCUGGAGCACCUCUCUGACUACUGGCGGGACUCGGCGCAGCUGCUCUCACUGGGUGUGAAACAUUUCUCUCAGCUGCUCGUCCCCCUCGCUUUCGAGCAAAUGGGUAUCCACUCAAAUGAUCUGCAACGCCAUGAAUGGAUUAACAGCAUGAAACAUCUGAGAGACAUGCUGCACACGAGAUUAAGCGGCUGGGUUCAUGAUGUGCAAUCCGUCAGCGAGCAGAUGGCGCACUACAAAGUGGAAGAACACAAGAACAGGCCUGGGACUUAUAUACUUAGACGACCUCUGUUGAAUCAUGACCUACUGUCCUACCACGAGCGGUUCCUCUCCUUCAGGGACGACUUUACUGCGCUGUGCGUCGCUCGACAUCGACGGGCGUCACAAAUGUUUGGUCUCGCCGACGCACUGUAUUCCUUCUAUUAUUACAACUGGUUCUUCGACCUACAGUUUGUAGGUGACAUCGAGAGUUUAGAUGAGGAGUGGCAGAGGGAGGACAGAAGCAACGCCAUGGUCUCCGUGGACACUGACUGCGUGCAGCUGUUGGCGAACGCCCUCGACCACCCCACGUGUCCGCUGGAAGACCUGCCACCGGAAACCAAAAACCUGCGCGAGCGGUGCCGCGUGCAGCUGUGGGACGACAUGGUGCAGAGGUCGCCCCACAUACCCGUCACCAGCUACCUGGCCUACACGCAGAGGGCAAACGUCAACCUCUGCCUGCUGGCCUGGAUGACAGCCAACUCGUUCGGCGUUUGUCAGGACGUCCCGUUUAGUAUGCUACAGUCCGUACAUGAUGCUCGCUGCUAUUUCGACAGCCCUGGCGAUCAGUCCUGCCUGCAGUCGAACGCUACAGACGCCAUCUGCUCUGUUUCCAGAGCAGUCCUGUUGCUGAUGUGUAUCGAUUUUUCUUUCCAUAAGUCUUUCGAUUUAUGCGGCGUCAGUUUCUACACAAACGGAUCGCACUUCACGACGUACAAUUUAACGUGGGAAAGAGAGUUCUACAAAGGGUAUGUGAGGCCAACAGAAAGGGCUCUUAAGUACAAAGACAGCUUGAACAGUGCCACCUUGAAAUACAAAGAUUUCAAAAUCGACAGCUUAAAACCUUCAGAAAUGUCAUUUAUAGCCAUAAAUAUUAUUUUCCGCUUUUUGACCACUGUUGUAUACCUGUACCUGCCCCAGUUACGUAAUGUCCCCGGAAAGAUAUUCUCGUCCAUUCAGAUCACGGCCACUUGGGCAAUUACCAUUGUAAUCCUAGAUUUAAGAACUCAAAGUAACAUUACGGGGGAAACCCCCCUUGUGACUGUUAGGCCUGGGAGCAUCCUCUCACCCCCACGAGGGUGGAGUGUUUCAGUGUGCUGUGCUCCGGUGCCCAUCACCAUCGCCUCGGUACCCACCACCACUCACACCGCCGACACACACUCACAGCACGGCGCCGCCCCACUGCCGUCGCACCAACUUCACAAGUUUAAUACAAUGAAACUGAAAAACCCAAACAUUCUCAACCAGUACAUUAGAGAAUUAGAAACACACAAACCUGAAGUGGAAAGUAAAAUUAACAAUGAUGAUACUAAUCAAGCCUGGAACGCUCUGAAAGAAAAUAUCACACGAGCAACUACCUCAGUUUUGGGACAUUUUACUACAACUAAGAACCCCUGGUUUGAUGCCGAGUGCUCGAACGCUAUCGAAGAUAGAAAAUUAGCAAGGGAAAAAUUCCUACAAAAACCAAUAACACAAAACAAACUUAUUUUUGAAGAGAAACAGAAACUUGCCAGGAAACUCAUUAGGAAAAAGAAAAGGGAUUUUAUGAAUUACAAAUUAAAAAGAGCUGAGAAUGACCGUACCACAGACUCCAGAGGAUUUUUCAAGAGCAUAAAUAUGUUUAAAAGUGGGAAUAUAAAAAAUUAUGGACAGUUCAUAACAGACCCAGAUGGCUCCUUGCUAACAGAAAGAAGUGACAUUGCUAACAGAUGGAAGGAAUAUUUUAAUGAGUUACUAAAUGCUCCAACUAUAAGCGUCUCUCAGGAAGAUGACAAUGAAUAUCUUACUGCUGACCCAUCGGACGAAGAGCCCAGCUUAGCAGAAAUUAAAGAAAGCAUCAAGAAGCUGAAGAGACAUAAAGCUCCUGGAAGUGAUGGUAUAGACACAGAUAUAUGGAAGCUCAUGAGCCGCAGCAGCAGGCAGCACCAGCUGGAGGGCGUCAGGCGCGUGCCGAACUUUGGGCGAGAUGCAUAA